UGUGAAACGAUUAAGGAGUUAAUUUGACCAGACAGUUUGAAAUAUUAAGAUAUUAAAGAAUGCAGUCGUCUUCGCACUUGGUAUUUAUUUCGCCAACUGCAUGGAUUUCCACAUCAGACGAUAACAUUACUUCAACACUUACCAGACUAGAUAAUGCAUCAAAGGUUUCAACUACAGCCACAUCUCUCACGGUUAUUUCAAGUGAAGUACAUGACUUCUAUCUAAGGAUUAUUAAUGACAAAAUAUACGAGAAAACACUGUUACCGUCUUUGAUUUAUUCAAGCAUUUUACUGAUUAUUGGACUUCCUGGAAACCUCUUAGUUAGUUAUAUAUAUCAUACGAAGGAGAGGAAUAUUGCCGGUAAUACAAAAUCACGCGAGAAGAAAUCCUCCGAUAUUUUUAUGAUUACGCUAGCUUGGUUAGAUAUUCUCAACUGUAUAUUAUCGGUCCCUAUGGAGAUCUAUCUUUUGAGAUAUUUCGUACAAUUCGACCAUCCCUGGAUAUGCAAAUUAUCCCGUUAUGUUGCUAUGGUGUUAAAUGCCGCAUCAUCAUUUGUAAUACUAGGGAUAGCCGUUGACAGAUUUAUUGGAAUCAAAUACAGUCAAAGUAAAUACCGAUUUACUGCAAAUACAGCCAUAAAGUUUGUUAUCGUCUCAAUUUUUCUUGCCACUCUGAUCUCGACCCCAGGAAUUAUCUUAUAUGGUACGCAAACACUGCCAUUAACACUAGGGAUACACGGGAAAACUUGCUUGAUUGAAGAUCAUUUCGUGCACACCAAAUAUCCAUUCAUCUUAUCAAUAUUCUUGACAUCAUUACAUUUACUCUUCGACACGUUUUUCAUUAUAUUAUAUAGCAUAGUUGGAAAGAAAGUGGUCGGAAAUCGAAAUCUUUCGAGUAUGCGAUUGCUUACAGGUAAACGAAAAACUCAGUUUAAAUCCAAAAACGUUAUCGACAUUUCACAUAUUACAUUUGAUAAUUGCAAUUUCACCUCGUUUGAUGCCUUGGAUAAAAAUAAAAAUGUACAAUUAAACGGAUUCAAGCACACUGAACAGUAUGUUACUACCUCAGAUGAUCUCCCUUUCACUAAACAAUCAAACAUUACAACAAAGAAGUCUAACUUGUCAAAGGAUUCCGCAGUACAUGGGAAAGUUUAUAAAGCAGGAAAAACGACGUUCAUGCUAUUUGUUGUUACUAUUGUUUUCAUGUUGACCUUUGCACCCUAUUGUGCUAUUGCUAUACUCCGAAACGUUAGUCCAGAUGAUUUCUAUUCCAGAUUGUCAAACAUCGAGAAGGCAUUUUAUCAACUUUUCCUGAGAUCCUAUUUACUUAGCAGUGCAGCAAAUCCUGUCAUUUACAGUUUUCUAAGUGACAGGUUUCGGCAACAAUGCUUGUUUCUUUUAAAAAGAAUUUUUCAUCGGCAAUAAAGUAUCUGGUAAUUAAA